AGAACACUCAGUGGUCAGGUUGCUUUCGGCAAUGUGAACGUCUGCCAAUAAAGCCGAUUUGAAUUGCUCUUUUGUAAUUGGUCCCUUUGGCUGUCUGUCAAGUGCGCUCUGUCGUGGGAUUGGGCUUCUCGCGGAGCUCUGUCCCUCUUGGCUGUACCUGUCUCGCUGUGAGAGGCUGACAGCUCUUCCUGCUCCACGCGCCGCUCCCGCCCCUUCAUCCAGCUCCCAGGAAUGAAGGAGGAACUGCUUGAAACGCAUGUGUCACUUCCAGUAUGCUACAAAACCGUGCUGCUGAGUGACUCCCUGGGAUUACUUUGCUCGUUUUACGGUCAGAGGGAAGUACGGUUCGACAGUCUGGAAUCACAGCCGGUGUUCUGGGGGUUGCGGGGCGCAUAGGGAAGGUGGUGCGAGUGGUUUCGGAAGUGGAGCGUGGCAGAGAAAAGCGAGAAGGGGUGGGGGGGGGUGUCUUCUCUGUGUGAUACCAGAUAGCCUGCUUCGCCUGCUUGCCACGACGGGAUUGACGUAGAAUAUGGCGGAGCAUCACCCGGUUUCCGACAACAAACACAAAUCCUCUCUGAACUCCGGCGCGUCGUACUCUGGGAACGGGCGCAGCAGCACGGCGGUCGUGGAAAGAGGACACAACGCCGGGCCGGGAGGAGGAGGAGGAGGAGGUCUGUCAGGCGGCCUGUCGCAGCCGGCCGGUUGGCAGUCCCUGCUGUCUUUCACCGUCCUGUUCCUGGCCUGGCUGGCCGGGUUCAGCUCCAGGCUCUUCGCUGUCAUUCGUUUCGAGAGCAUCAUUCACGAGUUCGACCCCUGGUUUAACUACAGGUCAACUCACCACCUCACCACCAAUGGCUUUUAUGAGUUCCUCAACUGGUUUGAUGAGAGAGCCUGGUACCCUCUGGGUAGGAUAGUAGGGGGCACGGUGUACCCUGGCCUGAUGGUCACGGCGGGCCUCAUCCACUAUGUGCUCAACCUCCUGCACAUCACUGUCCACAUCCGGGACGUGUGUGUGUUCCUGGCCCCGGUAUUCAGUGGCCUGACCUCCAUCUCCACCUUUCUGCUGACAAGAGAGCUUUGGAACCAGGGGGCGGGGCUGCUUGCAGCCUGCUUCAUAGCCAUCGUCCCAGGCUACAUCUCCCGCUCUGUUGCUGGCUCUUUCGACAAUGAAGGCAUCGCCAUCUUUGCCCUGCAGUUCACCUACUACCUCUGGGUGAAGUCAGUGAAGACGGGAUCGGUCUUCUGGACUAUCGGAUGCUGCCUGUCCUAUUUCUACAUGGUCUCAGCUUGGGGCGGUUACGUGUUCAUCAUCAACCUUAUUCCUCUUCAUGUGUUUGUCUUGCUGCUCAUGCAGCGCUUUAGUAGGAGAGUCUACAUAGCCUACAGUACCUUCUACAUCAUCGGCUUGGUCCUGUCCAUGCAGAUCCCCUUUGUGGGCUUUCAACCGAUCAGGACCAGUGAACACAUGGCCGCAGCAGGUGUGUUUGUGCUACUGCAGGUCUAUGCCUUCCUGCAAUACCUGAAAGACCGACUGACCAGGCAGGAGUUCCAGACUCUGUUUUUCCUGGGAGUCUCUCUGGCUGCUGGAGUGGUUUUCCUCUCCGUCAUCUACUUGACAUACACAGGGUACAUUGCUCCAUGGAGUGGGCGCUUCUACUCCCUCUGGGAUACUGGCUAUGCUAAGAUCCACAUUCCCAUUAUAGCAUCAGUAUCUGAGCACCAGCCCACCACCUGGGUGUCCUUCUUCUUUGACCUUCACAUCCUCGUCUGUACCUUCCCAGCAGGCCUCUGGUUCUGCAUUAAGAACAUCAAUGAUGAACGUGUCUUUGUGGCCUUGUAUGCCAUAAGCGCUGUGUAUUUUGCCGGCGUGAUGGUGCGUUUGAUGCUGACUCUGACUCCAGUGGUGUGCAUGCUGUCAGCCGUGGCUUUCUCCAGUGUCUUUGAACACUACCUGGGCGACGAUAUGAAGAGACAGAGUCCGCCUGCAGAGGACAGCAGCGACGAGGACGACAGGAAGAACGCUAGCAACCUCUAUGACAAGGCUGGUAAGGUGCGUAAACACGUAUCGGAGCAGGAGAAGGCUGAGGAGGGCCUGGGCCCCAACAUCAAGUCCAUAGUCACCAUGCUGAUGUUAAUGCUGCUAAUGAUGUUUGCUGUCCACUGCACCUGGGUCACCAGCAACGCCUACUCCAGCCCCAGUGUAGUACUGGCAUCCUACAACCACGAUGGCUCCCGUAACAUCCUGGAUGACUUCAGGGAGGCCUACUAUUGGCUGAGGCAGAACACAGAUGAGCAUGCCAGAGUGAUGUCCUGGUGGGACUACGGCUACCAGAUAGCAGGCAUGGCAAACAGAACCACUCUGGUCGACAACAACACGUGGAACAACAGUCACAUAGCACUGGUGGGCAAAGCCAUGUCAUCUAAUGAGACCGCAGCCUAUGAAAUCAUGAGGUCACUGGAUGUUGACUAUGUCCUCAUCAUCUUCGGUGGAGUGAUUGGCUACUCAGGCGAUGACAUCAACAAAUUCCUGUGGAUGGUGCGCAUCGCAGAGGGAGAGCACCCCAGGGACAUCAGGGAAAGUGACUACUUUACCCCGCAGGGAGAGUUCAGAGUGGACAAAGCCGGCUCCCCCACCCUACUCAACUGCCUUAUGUACAAGAUGUCUUACUACCGCUUUGGAGAGAUGCAGUUGGACUUCCGGACACCACCAGGCUUUGACCGGACACGGAACGCUGAGAUUGGCAACAAGGACAUAAAGCUGAAGCACCUGGAGGAAGCCUUCACCUCAGAGCACUGGCUGGUCAGGAUUUAUAAAGUCAAAAAGCUGGAAAACAGAGACCGUGUGGAGCACAAGCUGCGAAGCACUGACACCAUUAAGCAGAAGUACACCUCCAAAAAGACGGUCAAGAGGAAGCGGGGAUACAUCAAGAACAAGCUGUCCCUCAAGAAGGGCAAGAAACAGACCAAGAAGUCUUUAUAGAAAGCCCACCACCAGCAGCGGUACAUUGUGGACAGGAGAGAGGAAAAAUCUUAAACACAGAACCUUCAACAAAAACAAGCAGCAACAGCAAAAUCCACCUAUCAAGAUGAGCAAGGAACAUCAGAGGCUCUCCAGACAUCAGUCAUCCCAAGCGUCCGUACCUCGAGGUCCAGGCUGGAAAUGUAACCAUCACCUAGGAGAAUGUGUUUAACCCCAGCUGACCUUUGAUCUGAUAAGCGGGGUGAAGCAGGCGAAAAACAGGAGAAGUUGGCCAGUGCCAGCCCUUCCCCACGCUGGUUUUAACCUGAGGAACUCUGACUUUUGACUUGCUUUUCUUUUUGUACUUGAAUGUGCCGUGAGUGACAAGUGACAGAGAGAGCAAGAGAGAUUAGAUACCCGUAAAGCAGGGCAUAGUUCGGGACUGCUCUAUUCAGACAGAUCAAGAAAAGAGAACACUGUGUUACCAUGUUAGAACCUCAGAGCUGAGACCCUAGACCUGCUCAGACUAAGACAGAAGGUGAUUUUAGGAUGACUGAAAUGUUUGUUUUCCUUUGUUGGAGUUGAUAAACUUCUCACAAUUGAUAGGUAUAAUUUUGAUGGAAAAGGAGAGAGAGAGAAAGAGAAAUUUGCCUGCCCACCAGCCUGCUUCUUUAGUUUUAACCAGCUGUCAGUAACAACACCACAGGCAUUCAGAGAGAUGAAUAUGUGCUCACAUACUCAUGGAACGUCCAGCCGUAAUUCGGUCAGAUCCCAGUGAGCACACAGGUGAUGGGUAGUCUCCUUUCACCUUCUCCUUUGACUCCAUUACCAACAGAAAUAUGCAUGUACACACAUGUGCCAACAUGGAGAAGCCAUCAUGCUUCUUCCAACCUCAUAGUGCUGCACUGACAGGACAUACUCUUUUAGAACCAGACAGCGUAGGCUGCUUAGAGCAUAAUUCCUGUUUGGUACAACUUGGAUUUGAUUUUCAUAGUUUCUGUCCGUCUGUAAUAACAACACUGUACUCUCCAUUGCUGAGACCUGGGAACAUGGCAACAUGGCUAAAAAGAAGUCUUACCAGGCAGGAACCAUGAGCUGUUAGUUAAGACAGGUUGCAAACAAACAAUCUUAUUAAAACUCAUUUGGAAGAAAAACAAAGAUGAAGUCUAAAAUUUGCUAUCCAAACUGUCUGCGGUAAGGCAUCCAUCACAAUUUACAGACCCACUUCCCGGCUCAGCUUUGACCUACUAUACUGGCUGAAGGUGUCUGCACGCGCACAGUUCUCCUCUAAAACAAGGGAUUAUUUAAGUUUUAGCACAAUUUAAAAGGGUCUUCCAGUAGUUUAGUAUUGCAUUUCCAUACACUUGGAGGACUCACAAGACAUGGUUUAAGAAAAAAAAAUAUAAAAAAACGAACGGAGCAGCAGAGGCUGAAACAUCCUUACUAAUAUUUUCUAGUGUGGGUCAAACUCAAAAACAGUGGAACCUACUUUUCCCACAACUGGAUAGCAUCUUUCAUCAGAAAGUAGAAGAGUCCCCCCUUUAAAGUGCUUUAGGCAAUCUGGCUAAACUGUUGGCUUGUUUACAACCUGUCUGAUCACCUGAAUGCCGGAGUAC